GUUUCCACCAACAUUUAGAUUCGAGUAUUGAAGGGAUGCAGAUCCUUCAUCGAAUAAACCCAGCGUUCAAAACCAAAAAUUGCGAAAUGUUCGUCCGUCCUGUUCAAAUUUCUUUAAGUUUCCUUAUCGUAUUUAUUUCACUUGUACAGUUAAUUGAUGCUCAUUGUCCAUCUCAUCAGUUUGAAUGUGGUAAUGGCAGGUGUAUUCCUAUAACUUGGCAUUGCGAUGAAGACAAUGAUUGUGGUGACAACACAGACGAAUCAAGUUGUGAACUUCGUACGUGUUCCGAAACUGAACACAAGUGCCGUAAUUCCAAGUGCGUGCCUGUCAGGUGGCUGUGCGAUAAUGAAGACGAUUGCGGCGACAAGAGUGAUGAAGAUCCAAAAUUGUGUCAAAAUAAGACAUGUGCUCCUGACCAAUUCAGUUGUGGGAGCUCUUCAGGGCUCUGCAUUCCGGUCACUUGGAGGUGCGAUGGCCAGCAGGACUGCGCUGAUGGAUCCGAUGAAAAAGAUGAAUGUCGUCAAAUAACGUGCACAGAAGAGGAAUUUACAUGUGAUAACAAUAAGUGCAUCACUCAUCGCUGGGUCUGCGAUCAAGAUAACGAUUGCGGUGACUUCAGUGACGAGAAAAAUUGCCCCAAUGUAACCUGCUCUUCGUCCGAGUUCAUGUGCGUGAACGGUAAAUGCAUUCCGGAACGCUGGCGCUGUGACGGGGAUGUGGACUGUUUGGAUGGUUCGGACGAAUUGACCUGUCCGAAGCAAACUUUGCGCUCCCCUUGCAGAUCCAAUGAGUUCAUGUGCAGGUCCAGAGAUUGCAUUCACCUCGAUUGGGUGUGUGAUGGCGAUGCCGAUUGCUCCGACAGAUCAGAUGAGCAAAAUUGCACUAUUACUUGCCGUAAUGAUCAAUUCCACUGUAAAAACAAUCACUGCAUUGCGGGCACGUUACAGUGUGAUGGGAAAAAAGAUUGCACCGAUGGUUCUGAUGAACUAGAUUGCCUUUCUUUGCUUCCUCAGGCUUGUGAUCUUGCUACUCAAUUUGAUUGUGGUGAAAAGCACUGUGUUGCUUUAGAGCUUGUAUGCAAUGGGAAGAAUGACUGUGGAGAAUGGGAGGACGAACCUCAUGGAAAAUGUUUCAUCAAUGAGUGCAAUAUAAAUAAUGGAGGCUGUUCUCAAAAAUGUGUAGAUGACAUAGUUGGUUUCCACUGUGAUUGUUUUAGUGGUUACAAACUGUCAGAUAACCAGACAUGUGAAGACAUUGAUGAGUGCGAGAUUCAUGGAACCUGCUCUCAAUUAUGUAACAACACAAAGGGAAGUUUCAAAUGUUCCUGUCUGGAAGGCUACAGUAUUGAACCAUCAAAUCAUAGAAGAUGUAAAGCACAGCAGGGGCAUGCAUCGUUGUUAUUCUCUAAUCGCCGUGACUUGCGGAAAAUUGAUCUAGAAACGUCUGAAUAUACUUUAGUUGCAAGUGGGCUUCGAAGUGCUGUAGCUAUUGAUUAUGAUUAUGCGAAGAAAAUUGUUGUGUGGACAGAUGUUUUGGAAGGAAAAGUAUACAGUGCACCUUUACGGACCGGUGAACCUGUCACAGAAGUGGCUGAUUCUGGAAUUGUGACGCCUGAUGGUUUAGCUGUUGACUGGAUUCAUGAAUUAGUGUAUUGGACAGAUACUGGGAUUGAUGCUAUCAAUGUGGUACAAAUAAAUGGAGAUAGGAGAACUUUAUUCAAGAAAAAUCUUGAUGAGCCUCGAGCUAUUGUUGUCAAUCCAUUAGAAGGAUGGAUGUUUUGGGCUGAUUGGGGUGUUGCUAAAAUUGAACGUGCUGGUAUGGAUGGUACUCAUAGAAGUGUCAUUAUUUCCAAAGAUAUUCAAUGGCCAAAUGGUCUAGCUUUAGAUUUGGUGUCUCGUAAGAUCUUUUGGGCUGAUGCUAAGCUACACAUUAUUAGUUGUGCUGACUUUGAUGGAUCAAAUCAAAAUGUUAUUUUAUCUUCUGCAUCUGAAGUCAAGCAUCCUUUCUCAUUAGAUGUUUUUGAAGAUUGGUUGUAUUGGACUGACUGGGAGUCAGAGGCUAUUUUGAAAGUAGACAAAUUUACAGGGAAAAGUCUUCGAAUGGUUGGUUCUGGUAUUUCUUCACCGAUGGGAGUGCGAGUAUUUCAUCCUUACAAACAGCCUAAAGGCCCUAAUCGUUGUGGUGACAUGAAUGGUGGUUGCUCUCACAUGUGUCUUCCAGCUCCUCACCUGUCAGAUGGAUCUUCCAAAUACACCUGUGCCUGCCCCAAUGGCAUGGUGCUUUCUGAUAAUGGACUGAAUUGCUUAUCUCUGGAUCCUCCUGUUACAAAAAUAACUUCUCCUGAGAUAUCUUCUACAACAAGAAAUAAUCGAAUGACUACACCACCUACUAAAACUGCUCAUCCAUUGCCAUCAUCAACCACUUUCAUGUCUUCAUCAUCACCCUCGACUACUACUCAGUUUUCUACUAGAAGUGCUUCAUCUGAAACAACUUCCUCCCCUGAAAACUCAUCGAGCACUACUAAUUCAGUGUCUGGGUUUGACAUCACUCCAGAAUCAGCUCAGCAAUCUAGUUUCGUAAAUGAAACCUUACGAGAAUUGCAAGAAGUGAUUGAUGAUUCUGGUAGAAUUGCUGGCAUAAUAAUUGGAGUGCUGAGUGGACUAACACUGGUGUUAGCUGUGGUUGGUUUUUGUAUUUACAAGCAAUAUCUAAGAAGAAAUAUUACUAGCAUGAACUUUGAUAAUCCUGUGUACAGGAAAACUACUGAAGACCAAUUCAGCCUAGAAAAGAAUCAGUAUCAACCAGCUAGGUCUUACCCAUCAAGUUUGGAACCAUUGACAUCCCCUGGAACGAAUGAAUUUGUAUAGUAGGGAGGAAAUCCAUUUGCUUAUUAUUGUUUUAUUUCUCCCGAAACUUCAAUGUAUAUGAAUGGUUGUAAAUAAUGGACUUUUAAGUACUAUUCAGUGAGACUUGUAUAUUAUUCACAUAUUAUUUUGUUGGCGAAUUGUGUGUAUGAGAGCUAUAAGUACGAGUGAAAAUGUUCAUUUUUAUUUUGGAUCCAAGACGUUUUGUGAAUACAUGUUUUGUGUUAUUUAUUCAUUCUAGUUUUGUGUGUUUUUAAAUAUCUUGUAAAAACUAACCUUUCUUCAAGCACCAAUGCAGUAAUCCAUUUUAUCAUGUGAGUUUUUUUUUUUUUUAAUGGUGUAGUGAAGGAAGGAGCAGAAAAUGGUAUUGAUCCUAUCAAAUAAUUAAUGUCCCUUGUACAACUAAUGAAACGAAAAGCAGGUUGUUGGGUAAAGGAAAAUCGAAGAAUGUUUAAACUGUGCUUGUAGAAAGAUAGCAGCAGAUGACUGCUUACAGCAACUUGACAAAAUAAAUUUUUCCUCAUUCUUUUAAAAAUUAGCAUCUUAAAUGGUGUCAGGGAAACAAAAAAUUAUUGCAUUUUAUGUCCCUUCGGAAGGGAAAUUAUAAUGAGAAAAUGAAAAAUAAUACGAUGCCUAAAGUACCAUUUACAUUAGCUAAAUUACUGAAGACAGACUUAAUAGGCACACGUACAAAAAAAAAUGUAAUAAGCCCUUGCUAUACCAUUGUUUCUUUCCUAAAAAAAUGUGAUAUUGAGGGAUUUUUUUUUAUUUCAUUUGUAUAAAAACUUAUAUGUUACUCUAGAAAACCAUUUUAACUUGUAAAUAUGCCAAUAGAGCAUACUUUUUAAUUAAUUCUCCUAAAAUUACUAAUAUUACGAUUCAACUACUUGAAAGUUAUUAAAAAUUGUUACAUAGUGAAUUUAAUUCUAUUUUAUUGUGUUUUUAAUAUUUUACUUCUUAAUGAUGUGUGUAUUAUAUGAUUUUUGAUUUUGUAUGCCAAGCUGUUUUUUUAUUGGUGUGAUACCUUUGAAUUUUAUUAAUAGAAGCAUUUAUCUUGUAUUUUU